AUGACGGACACUCCAUCCAGAUGGAAAUAUGUUGACGACACAACACUAGGCGUCACACUCAACAACACAAACCCAGACUACACUCAACUCCAAGCACUCCUCAACACACUACACACAUGGACGACAAACAACCACAUCACAAUCAACGCAAAUAAAUCCACAGUCAUGCACAUAAACACCUCUACUAGUGCUGCUACAGUCCCGCCCCCAGGUCUCUAUCGGCAACAGUUCCUCCAGGUGGUCAGGUCGGCCAAGCUGCUGGGCGUGACCAUUGACGACCAGCUCACCUGGAAACUUCACGUCGGCAACCUGGUCAAGUCUGCGACCUACAAACUACACCUUCUCCGGCGACUCAAGACCCUGGGAAUCCCCGCUGGUGAGCUGGCAGGAGUGUAUUCUUGCUUUAUCCUGCCGAAGCUCACAUAUGCAUCCCCUGCAUGGUCUAGCUCACUGACCCUCACCCAGCGCCGCCAACUGGAGACAGUACAAAAACGGGCGUGUCGGCUGAUCUUGGGAAGCAACUAUACCAGCUACCAAGACGCCCUGCACGCCCUGAAGCUCAACACCCUGCAGGACCGCCACGCGCUACUCCUGGAACAGAUGGGCCGCCGGCUGCUGCACCAUCCCCGCCACCGUGACCUCCUCCCUCCCACUGCACCGCGUCCUCGUACCUCGGUGAGGCACGCCAACACACUCGUGCCCAUCAGAGCCAGAACCGACCGCUACAAAAGAGUGCUGUGCCAGCCAUGGUACACGCAAUAAACACACAGUAACAAGCUGCAUUCGUUUAUUCUUGUAUAAUAUUGAGUUAUUCUUGUAUGAUAUUAAGUCUUUAAUUGUUUUGUUUUGUUUUGUUUUUCAAAGUAUGUACAAAUACAUCCACCCUUUUUCUGUAAAUUUUCAGCCUUUGGGCUGCAAUGUCUAAUAAACCGUAUUAUUAUUAUUAUUUAUAUUAUUAUUAUUAUUAUUAUUAUUAUUAUUAUUAUUACACACACAUAUACACACACACACACAGACCACUACCACCACCACCACUAAUAACAACACAGUGUUCAGUCGGUUGAGGUGCAAACUUCGUGAUGUGAUAACUCAGUCAUCCAAAGGAAAAAAAUACUGCAAGAAUAACUGCUGCAUUUUUUUUUUUUUUUAUUCAUGUGGAAAGUUGCCGUUUUUUCUUGUUUCAUUUCAAAUAUUUUCUAUAAACAUGUAUGUCUAGAUUAUAUAAUUGAA